AUGGGAAAAAAUAUCAUUAUUACUCUUGUAAUGCAUAAAAAGAGACUGAUAUAUACAAGAGAGGAAGAUCAGAUUAUUGUUGAUCAUGUGCGUGAGAAUGGAGAACAGAAAUGGAAUAAGUGUGCCAAAAAACUUGCUAACCGAAAUGAAAAAUCUUGCAGAGAGAGAUGGGUUAACUAUUUAAACCCAACAAUAAACAACACACCAUGGAUAGAAGAUGGUGAUAGAAAAUUAAUUGAAUUAGCCAAUCAUCAUAAGAAUGUAUUUGGGAAAAUUAAUUGGGCAACGAUUAAAACAUUCUUUGAUAGAAGAACAGAUAUAAAUUGCAAAAAUAGAUAUUGCACACUUAAAAAUCAAAAAAAGAAAGCAGAAAAAAAUGAAUCAAAAAUCAGUGCUAUAUGCGAUCCUAGCCAAAGUGCUGUAUCUGAAAUACCAAAACAUGAUCCAACACUUAAUGAUCAAUAUUAUGUCGAAUUCCUUACUUUCGAACCUGUGGAAACAUAA